UCAGAUGUCUAUGUUCCUGAUUCAGAGCUCAGUCGGUGCGGUAAGAACAGAAACAGGCUGCCCUUACUGGGCGGAUCAGACUUCUCACUCCAGCUGCGUGGACGGGACCACACAUUUCGGAACUCGCCAACAGAAAAGAAAGCAAUUUCACUCGUGUUUGGAACGUUUUAAGAUCGAGCAUCAAUCAGAGACUUCUUUGCGUAUUUCAAAGGUUCUCCAAAACCGUGAGGUUGUUUUUUAUUUAAAUGAUCGUAUCUAAAAAUCUGAAUGGACGCCUCGGUGCUUUACAAGGACAUCUGAAUCCUCAAUGUGACCUAAAGGUUUCUACAGGCUUCCAGGAGGUUCGGAGAACAUCUGCUACAUUUAAACUAUAAUAAUGCAACACCCUUUGGAGAUUGGGGCGCACUACUACCCCCCGGAUGCCCAUCAAGACCAAAGAUCUCACAGGUACAGGAGUUUCAUGAUUGAAGAGAUUCUUACAGACCAUCCGAAUCACAAGGUAUCAAGUCCCACUGGAGACCUUCUAAAAUUUGGAGUACAUGCCCUUUUGUCCGCCAGACCAUACCAUAACCACUUAGUCCUGAAAGCAGACCAGACCAGUAUCCUGAAGUUUCCAGUGUCUCCUCUGUCCUGCUCGCUCGGGGCGCCGUUGGGCUCUGCGCUUCUGUCCAGCGCCGCGGGUCUGCAGGUGGGCUCUUCAUCCCAUCAUCUCCCGCUGGACCUCCAUCUUCGGGGAAAACUCGACCCUGGAGCUGAUGCAGUGAGCAAGACUAAGAAAGGAAGGAGGAGUAGAACUGUGUUCACCGAACUACAGCUGAUGGGCUUGGAAAAACGAUUUGAGAAACAGAAGUAUCUCUCAACUCCUGACAGAAUAGACCUAGCAGAGUCUCUAGGCCUGAGUCAGCUUCAAGUCAAAACAUGGUAUCAAAACAGAAGAAUGAAAUGGAAAAAAAUCGUGUUGCAAGGAGGAGGACUAGAGUCUCCGACCAAACCCAAGGGCCGUCCAAAAAAGAACUCCAUCCCCACCAGCGAGCAGCUGUCGGAGCAGGAGAGGACACGAGAAGCGGACCGCUUAUCCGACGGCGGUGCUUCUUCACUUUCUGAUGCAAACCAAGAGGAAUAAACGAGAACAUCCGUGCGAAUAUGUUUGUCUCCGGGACGCGAACGGGCCUAUAAUCGGCCUCUUUGGAUCAAUGUGCACCGAUGCCUUUAUGUUGGCACUUACAGACCUAACCACUUGGCCUGAUUUUAUACUACCUAUGUUUUGUCUGUCUGUUUGAUUACGCCAACUUUUGCGGGCCUUGAAAAGUCAUAGUGAACUUUUUCCAGGGACCAGAGCGCUGGUUAGUAGUGAAUGGUCUUUUUCUCAGCAUUGAAGGCCGUGGUAUGAACCUUUUAUCGGCAUAUAUUGUGCUUUUUUACGCUUAUCAUUGGUAUUUCAAAAAAUAUUCCAAAGAAAAAAAAAAAUUAAAAUGUCAAUUUUUCGAAGACAGUUUUACGUUGUGGCAAUGUGACCUUUAUUUCUAAAAUAUGGCACCACAAGACACAAAUGACAGCAGGAAAGUCACCCAUAAUAGGUUAAUAAUAAUAAUAAUAAUAAUAGGCUAAUAAUAAUAAUGAUGAUAACCACAAAUAAUGUGAAAUCCCUCGUUGCUGGUUUUCGUUUCAUAUUCAUGCUCCAUAUCUCUGAGGCUCAUCGAACGUGAGCUGUGUAAUUUUAUGCGGAAUUGUUUAUGGCCUAACUGAGCGUCAUCACACCGCGCAUUAAACUUAUGUUGGCGUGUUUACGCAGUAAAAGUAAAUAUGUGGUAACACAAUAUUUUCGAAGAGAGGUUAUUUAUUUUCACAGAAAGAUCCUUUUAAUCAAAGACACUGGUUAUGGUGCCAAGAAGAAGUGUCUGAAGUAAGCGAUUUGCAGUUUGAUGAUUAUAGGCCUGUUCAAUUUGCACCACAGUAUAUGCAAAAUGCUAAAAUGAUCUUUUUUCUGCUGAUCACUUUGGAAUUGGGCUAUUUAGAAAAUACGUCUCUUUUCUAGAUUUUCUUUAGCCUAGCGUAUAUUUAACGCCCAGGACCCUUGCCUCAUUACUGAAAAUAGGCAUACUAGAUUUUGACACAAACAGUAGGCUAACAUUUUAUAAAUAGCCUAAUUGAAAAGUAAGAAAAUUAACGAAUAGUAUUUUGGACUUACAUAAGGUUGUUAAUGCAUAUAAUUAAAUUGUAGGCCUACAUUCAAAUCGGCCUAAUCUUUGAUUCAUAUAUUUUCAUACGGACUACAUUUUUAAAUACCGGUGAGGCAGCCGCUACUUUGCUUUGCAUUUACAAGAUGUAAACAGUUUGUUAAUGAUGUGGCCUAGUAGUUACUGUAGCUAUAAAGUAAUAAUGCACUCCAGUAAAACAAAGUCCCGUAUUUUGCACCUUCUGGACAAAAUUAUUGAUAUCACCCAUCAGUAUCAUCCUCCAAUAGCUUAUAACAAUAUAAUCCGGUUAAAUUGAAUUAUCUGUCAUAAACAAUGGGUAUACAUCAGAAAUAUACAUGUUUAAGUGUUGCUUCCAGUGAUCUUGUUAUGUCAUUGGGUCACUGUCUGUAGUCUAAAAUGUAAACCCUUACGGACUUAGACUCUCGUGCCAUACUACAAACAUGUCGCUCUUCUAGAGGACACAUAUUUUAAUAGAAUUUUAUUGUAACGGAAUCACGACCAAGUCAUAUAUUUUUUUUAUUUUUCUAAAAUACAUUUUAUCAUUUUCAUUCUAUAUUUGACCUACAACAAAAUAUUGAGCUGGGACAUUUUCAUUAAGUCCGUGUUCAAUUUAAUCCAAAAAAUAAGAAUACAAAUAACGUAUAGCUGUCAAAGAGCUCAUCAGACAAUCCUCGAACAGUGAAGGAAAUAAUUAUGAGACAUUUUUAAUACCAAGUCUCUUUUAUGUAUAGGCCUGAUAGUUUAGUCUGGGUGGACGAAAUGAUACCCUGCCUGGAAUAAAGACAAUGCAUUAGUACCUUGUGAUUUGGUAAAAUUAAUUUCACAUUUUCUUGGUUUCGUUUUACCAAUGUGAACUCCAGACAAGGCUAUUAAUCAAAAUCAUACAUUAAUGAAGGAAUAACGGUGCGCUGCAGUGCUCAACUAUCUUGGUAAAUUUGAUCCUAAUAUAGGUUUUCUUGGUCCUGUAUAAAUUCUGGAGGCUGGAGUUAUAAUGCCAGGACAGGAUCAUCAUUCAAAAACACACAUAAAACAACGGCACUCAUCAAUAGCCCAUAUGUGGUUGCGUACAAUAACAGUAAAAACAUUAAUUAGGCUGUAUUUAGCCGCGUGGCAAAGCACCAUUCUUCUUCUUUUUUUUUCUUUUUUUUUUUCUGAAAAUAAGCCACAAACCAGCCCAGAGUCUCCAUCCGCCUUUUCCGAAAACUCCUAUAUUCAAAUGACUUAUAGGCUAUUUUGUCAAAAUCUAACAGUCGCCACAACACAGAUAUUUUUCUUAAACAUUGAAAUUGAGCUUGUCUAUUUAUGAGCCACCUGAUAUUUUCAAGCUCACACACAUUUGCACUUGUUGUUGCGCCUGGAAUUUCACCAGUAAAUCUAAUUACAUACAUUUUGUUUAACUAUAUUUAAGUGCAAAGUGAAAUAACUCUUUUAUGUGAAGGCCAUAUCUAUGGAAAAAGUGACAAAGUAUGUUACAGGCCUAUACAUUUACAAAUAACGUGGUCACGUUAUCUUUUAAGAGAGAUAUGAGUAGAUAGCUUAUUAUUAAGAAUCCAGUUUUAUAAUUGAGGUUUUUAAAGUAUACUUUCCAAUUAAAUAUAUGAGGUUAUUAUAAACAUUAGAUUUUUUUAUAGUGUAUUAUAGUAGGUUUUACUGUAGUCUUACUUGACGUCGUAUGUUUAUUUAUUUAUUUUUUUUAUUUAUUUUUUUUGGGAUGGAGUUCGUCACAACAGCACGUUCGGGACUGUAGCUGUCAGAUCCAAAUGUGUUAAAUUAAGGCCAAAGAUUUUGCCUCCAGCGAGUCACCCAACAUGAAAAGAAUUCACGUAAUUUUG